CCGCCACUGUGGGACUGCGUGUGGAGUUGCGGCCACCUGUGCUGGCUGAGCGGUUUCGUCGGUGCAGAAAUGUUGCGCUAAGAGCGAGUGGUGUGUGCACGCUGCUGGCACCCUCGGAAGCAGUCCGGAUUUCUACUCCUCUGACAGCGUCACACAAUCUCCGUAAAGAUGCAGAAGCCGCACGGGCUGGUGGCGGACCUGUGGCCGCUGAUCCGCAUGGUGCAGUACUCGGGCCACUGGAUGCUCGAGUACAGCGGCGGCCUCACGGCCCUGCGCGCCAUCUACAGCUCGGUCGUGUCCGUCCUGGUCGUGACGCAGUUCGCGCUCAUGGCCGUCAACCUCAUCCAGCGGUCCGGCGACGUCAACGAGCUGGCGGCCAACACCAUCACGGUGCUCUUCUUCCUGCACCCCAUCACCAAGUUCGCCUACUUCGCGGUGCGCUCCAAGGCCUUCUACCGCACGCUCGCCACAUGGAACCAGUCCAACAACCACCCGCUGUUUGCAGAGUCACAGGCGCGCUUCCACCAGCUGUCCGUGGUGCGCAUGCGCCGGCUCGUGAUGUACGUGGUGUCCGUGACGGCGCUCAGCGUCGUGUCCUGGACCUCCAUCACCUUCAUGGGCGACUCGACGCGGGAGGUGCCCGACCCCGACAACGCCAACGAGACCAUCACCGAGGAGGUCCCAAGGCUCAUGAUCAGCACCUGGUACCCGUUCGACGCCUCUUCUGGUAUGGGAUACAUGCUCGCCUUCAUAUACCAGCUGUACUGGCUGACGGCGACGCUGAUGCACUCCAACCUGAUGGACGUGAUGUUCUGCUGCUGGCUCAUCUACGCGUGUGAGCAGCUGGUGCACCUCAAGGAGAUCAUGAAGCCGCUCAUGGAGCUCAGCGCCACGCUGGACACCGUGGUGCCGCACACCAGCGAGCUCUUCCGAGCCGCCUCCACACUGCCCACCAACGAGCCACUCUACGGGAUGGGGCCAGACAUGAGCAACGGCGUGACGGACGGCAUGACGAUCCGCGGCAUCUACAGCAGCCAGCGCGACUUCUCGGGCUUCAACCGGCGCUCGGCGGCGCUGUCGACGGUGCGCGAGGCCGACUCGGGCGGCGCCGUCACCUCCGCCGGCGGCAUCGGGCCCAACGGGCUCAGCAAGCGCCAGGAGAUGCUGGUGCGCUCCGCCAUCAAGUACUGGGUCGAGCGACACAAGCACGUCGUCAGGUUCGUGGGCAACAUCGGGGACGCAUACGGCGCGGCGCUGCUGCUGCACAUGUUAACCACCACCGUGACGCUCACGCUGCUCGCCUACCAGGCCACCAAGAUCGACUCGGUGGACGUGUACGCGGCCUCUGUACUGGGCUACCUGUUCUACACCCUGGGGCAGGUCUUCCUCUUCUGCGUCUUUGGAAACAGGCUCAUUGAAGAGAGCUCCUCGGUGAUGGAGGCGGCGUACAGCUGCCACUGGUACGACGGCUCGGAGGAGGCCAAGACGUUCGUGCAGAUCGUGUGCCAGCAGUGUCAAAAGUCGCUCAUGAUCUCCGGCGCCAAGUUCUUCACCGUGUCGCUCGAUCUCUUCGCUUCGGUGCUGGGAGCCGUGGUGACGUACUUCAUGGUGCUGGUGCAGCUCAAGUAGGCGGCACCUGACCUCUGCUGUCAUCUGUGGUGCCGCCAGGCAGCUGCAGGUGCAGGUGCAGGUGGGGAAGGAAGUGGAGGUGGGGAUCCACGAGCUGGAGUUGGGACCAAACACUGCGGGCCAGUUGCAGAUGCGAUGUGGUCCCGCGACAGUUUCAAGUGUCGCUCGCAGAGCACUGCAAGUGGGACAUCGCUAAAAGGAAAAGCUGUGUUUCACGGCGUUACAGGCUUGUAUGUACGGCCAGAACUAAUCUGGGUGCUCAGAAAUUACCAGCACAAAAUCUGCAUAAAUAUUAUCAAAGUUACAGCGCUUAUUCGCAAAUCCUCUUGUAUUAAUGCCCUUCCUGUAUUUAUCUUAGCGGAGAAAUAAGCAAGGUAGUGAAUGUGUAGCACGGAGGCCACUUCUUAGGAAAAGUAAACCUAUAAAAAAUGUAAUAUAUCUACCCAUACUUAAAAGUAGAAACGAUUUAAAUGGUAUAUGAAGCAUCGAUUUAGCAGCGAAGAUAGAGCAGGUGCGUUCAAAGGCUGGAACUCACAGCAAUUAACGAUUUCCCAAUCUCAAGUCCAAGCAUAUAAUUGGGCUAGUUUUGAGUUAUUGUGUGACUCUGAUAGAAAAAAAUUAAAAAUUUUGAGACCAGAGGUAGGAAAACUUCAUUACGUCGGCAGAAAUAUCUACUGGCCAACGUGAUUUUGUUGUAAGAAUACCGUAGUAGCUGGAGAUAGGAGCUAGCUCACGCAAUUUACUCCAGGUCUUUACAGCUGGUGUUAUGACAACAAUUUCUCGCCCUAACAUUACUUAUUGAAGCACCUCACUGGUGUGUGUGAUGUUCGAACGUGUACACCGUUCCCAUCUCGGUGCGCCCUCUUACAGCCUCCGCAGCUUCAACCCUAAUCGUGCCUUUAUCGUUUCGACUGGCCUUGAAGCGCCUCUUCAAGAGAAUGAGGAUAAUGGUUCACACAUCUUGAAGGAGUAAAAGGUGUCAUUUACAACGUGUUUGUGAAAACCACAUGAUCCACUCAGGCCAAACACAAACACACAAUGGAACAUGGAGUUCUCCACGCAUUUAUACACAUUAACAGCAACUACUUAAAAAUUAUGCUAGGGUAAGUGGCC